AUGUUUUGUACUAGACGCCCCCUUGUGGCUGUGUACCACGGCGCCAAGCGCGGCGCCACCUGCCGCGCUGACCUGGAGGGUGCUGACGUGGUGCUGACCACCUACUCCACCAUAGAGGCCGACUUCAGGCGCACCAUGAUGCCGCCCAAGAUCGCCUGCACGUACUGCGGGAAGAAGUACCUUCCCGAUUCGCUGAGGGUGCACCUCAGGUUCUUCUGCGGGCCGUUUGCCCAGAAGAGCGACGCGCUGGCCAAGCAGCAGCGGAAGAGGGACAGGCGGGAGGCCGGCGGCGGCGCGGCGGCCGAGGAGGAGGAAGAAGAAGACGAGGAGGCAGGCAGCGAGGAGGGGGAGGAUGAUAUGGACGACGAGGGCGGGGACGGCCCAAGCAAGGGGCGCGCGGCGUCCAAGGCUCGCGGCCGCAGCACCGCGGCGCCCGCCAGGGGCGGCGGCGGCAGCAGCAAGGGCGGCGGCAGUAGCAAGGGCGGCGGCAGCAAGGGCAGGGGGAGCGAGGCGUCGGCGCCAUCCCCUGUCGGCAAGUCGAAGCAGCAGCAGCAGCAGCAGCAGCAGCCAAAGCAGCGGCGGCGGCGGCGGUCGUUCAGCAAUGCCGGCAGCGACGACGAGGGCGACGAGGACUUUGCGCCCGGCGCAGAGGAGGAGGAGGAAGAGGAUGACGAGUCCAGCAGCGACGGCAGCGGGAUGAGCGAUCUGGAGGACGAGGAUGAGGAGGAGGCGCCGGCGCGCCCCAGCAGCAGCAAGCGGUCAAAGGUCAACGGUGGCGGCGCCUCGAAGGGCAAGCAGGCGGCCGGCAAGGGGGAGGCCGAGAGCGAGGGCGCGGGCGGCAAGGGCGGGAAGGGUGGCAAGGGCAAGGGCGGCUGGAAGGGUGGCAAGGGUGGGCGGCGGCCGAUGAUGAGCAUGUUCAGGAUGAAGAAGGAGAUGGCGGAGGGGGCCAAGGAGCACGACGCGGCGUGGUGGGCGGCGGAGAAGAUGAUCAGCGCGGCAGAGGUGG